AUGCGAGGCAUUUCCUCCCCCCGAAUCCGCCGCGUAGCAAUUAUUGGCGCCGGCCCGUCAGGGUUGGCUGCAGCCAAAUAUUUGUUGGCCGAAAAAUGGUUCGAGAAAAUUGACAUUUUCGAACAGCGGAGUCGGGUUGGUGGGGUUUGGAACUACUCACCGGCUGCAGACAAGAAGCGUGCUCCGAUUGAUAUCCCACAAACCAACGCCCACUUACCUAUUGAAGAGCCCAUUUGGCAUUCGUCGGUUGGAUCACAAGAAGACGCGGACUCAGCGGGGGCAAAAGGCAGAAAGGAAGCCUCAUUCAUAUCCCCGCUCUACGAUGGCCUUGAAACAAAUAUCCCUCAUACUUUGAUGCGGUUCUCAGAUAAACCGUUCCCCGCGGACACACAGCUAUUCCCUGGAUCUGAGACGGUUCUCCGAUAUAUAGAAGAGUACAGUGAGGAUGUCAAGCACCUGAUACGGUUUCAAGUCCAAGUUGUGGAUGUGAGGCUUGAUGACGCACAUACAGGGACUUGGGUGGUCACAAGGAAGCAUUUGGAAACGGGAUCUAAAGAAGAUGACGUCUACGAUGCCGUUGUGGCAGCGAAUGGGCAUUAUAACGUACCAUAUAUCCCAUCGAUCCCCGGGAUAUCGGAGUGGAAUGCGGCGUAUGCAAACGCAAUAACACAUUCCAAGUCAUAUUCAUCGCCUGCCGAGUUUCGGGAUAAGAAAGUUGUCGUUGUUGGCAACUCCGCCUCGGGACUUGACAUCGGGGCUCAAAUUAGAACCACAUGUCGCAAACCACUUCUUGUCUCAGUAAGAUCUGCUUCCAGCUUCGCCGUCGGACCUGACGACGGCAGCAAAAUUGAGUAUCCGCAAAUUGUUGAGUUCCUGCCACCAACUACUCAUAACAGGGCUGUUCGAUUCGAGAAUGGGGAGAUUGAGGAAGACGUUGAUGCUGUGUUAUUCUGCACGGGAUAUUUUUACUCAUUCCCAUUCCUUUCAUCACUGAAGCCUCCAGUGGUUGAGGAUGGAAACAGGACACUCCACGUUUACCAGCAAAUAUUUUACGCCGACCAUCCUACUCUGGCUUUCCUCUGUUUGGGUCAGAAAAUCACCCCUUUUCCAGUAGCGGAAAAUCAGAGCGCUGUUAUUGCCCGAGUCUGGUCCGGACGCCUCAAUCUUCCCUCAAAGCAAGAAAUGUACCAGUGGGAAGAUGCUGAGAUAGCUGCCCGUGGACCUGGCAAGGCCUUCCACAUUAUGAAGCAUAACUUGGAUGCUGAGUAUGUCAAUGGGUUGCAUGCAUGGGCUGCCAGUGCGGAGCAAAAGCCUGGUCUUGAAAAUGAAGGUCGCGGCAGGGAAUGUACUUACUGGAGUGAAAAGCAUAAGUGGAUUCGGGAGCGGGUCAAGUUAAUCAAAAUGGCGUUCAUCAUGAAAGGAGAAAAAAGGUAUCAAUGUCGAACCUCAGAAGAAGUGGGCUUUGAUUUUGAGGCGUGGAAGGCGGAGCAAUUGAUAUCAUAG